AGAGCCGAAGAGGUGAGCUAGCUAGGGGAGUAGGGGGAGAUAAUGAGCGACGACAGGAGAACGGUAGCGUACGAUGCUGAAGCCGGCGACGGUCAUGAGAGGCAAGGUAUGUUGUUCACAUGCAUGACACGUACUAGCUGUUGUGAUCUGAUCGUCAAAUUGAUCUUGAUGGGUCUGGAUAACACAUGCUGAAUGCAUGCACACGCACUCGGUUUCAGUUAAUCUUGAUAUAGUAUGGGUCCAUCGUGCCGCCCAUCAGUUUGCUCUCCAGGAGCAGGGCUAAGCUAGCUUAUACAGUUGCGCCAGCUGAACGGAUCGAUAUAACAGCUCAGCUGUGCACUGGAUGCAUGCUGCGUGGACAGCAGGGACGGUGUGGACGGCGACGUCGCACAUUGUCGCCGUGGUGGCGGGCUCCGGCGUGCUGGCGCUGCCGUGGACGGUGGCGCAGUUGGGGUGGGUGCUGGGCCCCCUCGUCCUGGUGGGCUUCUCCUGCGUCACCUACUACACCUCCGCGCUCCUCGCCGACUGCUACCGCUACCCGGACCCCGUCCACGGCGCCGUCGUCAACCGCCAGUACGUCGACGCUGUCCGCUGCUACCUGGACCGGAAGUACGUGGUGCUGUGCGGGUGCGCGCAGUACGUGAACCUAUGGGCCACUCUCGUCGGCUACACCAUCACCGCCAGCGCCAGCAUGAUUCAGGCCAUGAAGCGGGCCUCUUUCUACGGCCUCGGCGCCGCCACUGCCUUCUACCUCGCGCUGGGCUGCGCCGGCUACGCCGCCUUCGGGGACGACGCGCCGGGGAACGUCCUCACGGGCUUCGCCUUCCACGAGCCCUCCUGGCUCGUCGACGCCGCCAACGCCUGCGUCGUCGUACACCUCGUCGGCGCCUACCAGGUGUUCGCGCAGCCCAUCUUCGCGAGGCUCGAGAGCUGCGCCGCGUGCCGCUGGCCCGACGCCAAACUCGUCAACGCCACCUACUACGUGCGCGUGCCGCCGUUCCUCCUGCGCUCCGCGUCGUCGCCGCCCACCGUGGCCGUAGCGCCGCUCAAGCUCGUGCUGCGCACCAUCGUCAUCAUGUUCACGACGCUCGUGGCCAUGCUGCUGCCCUUCUUCAACGCCGUGCUGGGCCUCAUCGGCGCGCUGGGAUUCUGGCCGCUCUCCGUCUACUUCCCUGUCAGCAUGCACAUGGCCAGGCUCAACAUCCGCCGCGGCGAGCUCCGGUGGUGGGCGCUGCAGGCCAUGAGCUUCGUCUGCCUCCUCGUCUCCAUCGGCGCCAGCAUCGGCUCCGUGCAGGACAUCGUGCACAACCUCAAGGCCGCCGUGCCAUUCAAGACCGUAAAUUGAUUAACAAUACUGUGUAAAGCAGUUCAUUCUGGUGUUCCGACUGGAAAAAAUCUACAUAACCUUAUGAUCUUUAAAUAGUAGUCUACAUUACCACAUCAUCUUUAAAACUGUUGGUUUAACUUUCUCAUCUUUCCAAAA